AUGACGACAGAGACAAAGGAACCACAUGAGAAGCCCUUCCCCUCCUGGUAUCACCAGCUUCAUGCGUUGAGUCGUGCCGCGGAGGACACCCGCAAGGAGGCCAAUAAGAUGCGACAGCGCGGUCGUGCCAUACGAAUCCAGGCCGAUGGUCUUGCCAAGUAAAAAUACAGUAUUGUUGCUACUUAAAACGCAGAGUAGUGUCAUUUUAAUAAACCGAAAUAUUUGAAAAGUCUACCAUCUCCGACCACUUGAAUGCUAGACUGCAACGCCUAGGUCUGAGGGGUGUGAUGGCACGCCUAGGUACGGCUCCGGCCGUGCCAGCCACCUGCGCCCUCCCCCACCUCCGGCCUUCUUGAUUCUGUCGUGACACCGGGCGCAGGUGGAGGGUGAGAGUGCGGUAGAUGCUGCGCAAGUCUUCUAGCACUUAAACUAAUUCACGUGUAAGUCACGCGUCUGCCGCACCUUGCUGUGGAGCACACGGUAAACUCUGUCGAAACCAACGGUCAAACUUUCGGGUGAACUGCGGCCCACUACCAAAUUAUCGGUACCUGAACUCAUGUUUUGUUGCAUUAUGCGGUGUUUCUUCUUACCCCGCUCUGAACAUCAUGACGGUGGUUCCAACGAGUUUCCCGGAGUUACCUUCGGACAUUUUAAAGAAAAUCGCCAAAAAAUAUAUUUUCUGCGGAGCUGACCAGGACUGCCUCACAAUAACUCAACAACUUGCCUACCGUUCAAAUUUUCAAAAUAAGCAAUAAACUGAUCAAACGGACUGUUAAUUUUUUUUCAGCACAUACAUCCUUUUGGAUCAAUCACAGACGAGGCAAACUUGUCGUCAUCCCCUAACAAGCCACUGCUGUUUGUCUUAUUCCUUACUUGGUGAGGGGAGUUUAGAAAGAUCAGUUAUAGCAACAUGUGACAACCAGAUGAUUGAUCUCCUACGGUGUUUUCGGCUUGGGUUAAAAAUAAAAGUCAGGACCAGGUGACUGCAACGUUGAAGCAGGCAAGCAGGGCAGGAUUUAAUUGUACCAAAAAUUCGUGACGGUUCGUCAGCUGCGUCCUGUUGCUUCAUGGCAUAGAUAACGAGUGUGAAGAAUACAACAGAUUUGAAUUCGUGCAGAAAAUCAACGCAGAAACAACAGGGUCAUGGUUUUGGGUAAAGCCGGCUAAUCAAUAAAACUAGCAGCUCAACCACAGCAUGGGAAGAAUAAUGGAAGAAAGCGUUAAUGAGUAAAAAGAAAGGGAAGGUGAAAAUCAUGGAGCUAAAGGCUACCAUGACAAGGUAAGACCAACCAUGUGUUCCAAUUGUUUACAAAGAUCUGGUUCCACUCUUCGUAUAUAGGCUGCCUCCAGGUAAGGUGCCAACACUGGCCGUAACUUGGUCGUGUUAACCUGAUGUUUCGCUAACUUCAAGAAGUAAGUAGCAAGACAUGCAGACGGUGAUAACGGUUUCUCAUUCGCUUCGUAUGCGCGCACUCUUACGACCAGUGAGAGUCGCCUGCCACGUGCAAGGUUAGUUCACCUUCAAUAAAGCGGGUCGCAGUUUCGUCAGGGAUUGAUACGCUUGAAGAAAUAAACAUCGGUUGCACGAAUGUCCUUUUAUCGCGUCUCUCUCCCUGAUUGAGUUUUUGCCGUUUUUAACGCCUCGACGCGCAUAGCUCCAAUAUUCGUGACUUAUUGGCUGACUUUUCGACAGGGAAUGUGGUGGUCAGGUUUAACAACCGCCUUUAAAGAGCAGAUAUGCCGUUGUUAGACGUCGUGCCAAAACUGGGCUGAUAACAGUCAGCCGAAUCAUCUAUGAUAGCCUUUUUUUAUCUAAAUGUGCACUAACCUUGCAGAUUUUCUCAACUGGACAUAAAUAAUCGACUGGCUGACCGUAUAAACUGUAUCCGUCUAUGGUACGAACUGCUGGAGGAAACUCGAGCCAACCUCUGCGAUGUUAUGAAGAAGCUCAGUGAGAGUAAAACUCAAGCAGACCAAUUCCUCGCUCGUCUUGCCGACGCAAUCACAGUGAAUGUGGAGUGCGUGACCUAUCGGGACACUCGACGCGGUAAGGAAUACGUUGAGGACCCGGUUCAGGAUGAACUGCACAAGGCAAGCGCCUGUGUUCUUAUGAUUCCAUUGACGCUACUGAACAAAUGUAAGUAGCAUAGUUUUAAACGCUGUAAUAAUUCUUUUAACAUUCCUUGGAUCGCAGGAGGCGCGAAUGCAACUUGAAAUACGAACGAUGCUGCAGGCUUCGAUCGACGACGCACUUGAACUUCUAAGAAUCCUCACUGGGGAUCUACAUGACCUCACGAUCCAAAUGCGGGAAAAAGAAGAGGCUCGGGAUCUGGAUAUUGAGCAGUACAACCGCAAUGAAAAGUCAGGACAAAUCGGCUUCAAGCCGUUCUGUAUGAGGGAGGAGCAGGAGUAAGUUGAGUUUACACUCCAAAAACUUGUUUACAAAGAUACUGAACGUUGGUGCGGGUCUUUCAAGGUUUAAAUUAAUUUCUAGCUAUGAAUGUGCCUACUUCAAGCACCGUUCCUUUCCAUCUAGUUCAGAUAGUGUAUGAGUGGCUGACUACGAUUCACCAUGGUUCAUAGUUGCACAUCUGAUUCAGGCAGCCUGUUCGUCGUCGAUUAUAGGCGUGAAAGUUGUGUUGGACCAACACUCGUUAAUCAGGCUGUGUAGCCAUGACCGCUCCCACACAUGAGUCGGUGUGGUGGAACGCCCAGGCGCGGACUCACUUCGCGCCAGGCACUCGAGAUGGCCGACCGACUCAGACAGUGGGCUCGUGUUUGGCAGAAAGACAGGAGAGUGAGGUCGAUUCUUUAAGCACCUAACCCUACGGCAUUCAGCGAAUAUUCCUAACUACAAACAAUCUGAUGUGCCUUUGUAGUGGCAAUGAGUGGGUGGUCUGUGCGCUACCGUCACCAAGUCAAAUACCAGAUUAGCAGGAGAAGACGGAAGGCACCAGAAUGAGGGGUUUAUUGUGCACAGAACCCGGAGUUGUCCUCUCAGGCGGCAGUGGCCGCUGGUGAAGCCAGGGCUGGUGUUCACUGCGUCCAGUCAUGUCUGAGAGUCCUUGAGAUAGUGGUGGCAGCCGCUUGUGUAGGCUCUUGGGCCAAGCCCGAGUGGUGUCCAGUCAGUGUGUGUUGCAUUUGCUGAGGGGUGGUGUCCCAGUUGCUUAGGUUGUGGUUACAAGGGGGAGGUGUAGCGGCCGAGGACGUCAAUGGUAGUACAUAUCAAUGUAACGAAACGCUGAGAAGAGAUUCCGGCGGAGGUAGAUCUGGACAGAACUGUUAACAUCUCUUGAUACUUAUUCACACACAGUAGAAGUUGCAUCAAGUAAGGGAUAUACAGUGGUGACCGAUCUCAUAAAAUCUUAGCCAAAAUUGCAGAAUGCGUUUCGGAUUAGGAAGGAUUCCUUAAAUUGGGUUCUUCUACUGAUUAUCAUGCAGCAUGACCCUAUAAACUUUCGGAUUCGCCAGGAUGCCAGCUUUUGAAUGCACUUCAUUUUGACCUCAUGCAGAAAUCACACUCGGUAAAAAACGACUACUUAUGAAGGAUGCAUUUAUCCUAUUGAUUUUCCAGGGUCUUAUAAAUUCAAAUAUAUUUUAUAGAAAACAUGCACAAAAUAUGCUUUCUUUUGUUCAUUUAGAAGGAAAUCACUUUGCCUUCAUAUUUUCUGCCUGAAGAAAGUGUGUAUUUAGGUUUUAAAAAAGUUUCCCCAUUCCCGAAUAAUUUUCAGCCUGAUCUGCCAUUGCAUCGGCGUUUAGCAAUUUCAGUCUACAAGGUGCAUGCUUUCCGCAUAAGGAAAAUCAUAUAUUCCCCUAUGCCUUUAAAAAGAUACCACAUAGAGUUUGUGAAAUUUGGCACUGGAUCGGGACUGUGUUGUACAUUCCAUGAGGAGCAUUAGUAAACGUACAUGUGCGACCUUGCAUGCAUGGACAUCGCACGGUCUUAAAAAUCUCAUAAUUGGAAACAUUUAUAAAACCUAAAUAUACACUUUCCUCGCGCAUAAACUAUGAAGAUAAUGUGAUUUCUUACCAAGUGAGCAAAAGGAAUCAUGUCUUGUUUAUGUUUUCUGUAAAAUAUAUUUGAAUUUAUAAGACCCCGGAAAAUAAAUAGGAGAAAUGCGUGCUACUUAAGCAGUCAUUUGUCAUCGGGCGUGGUUUCUGUAGGAAGUCAGAAAGAAGUGCAUUCAAAAACCGACAUCCUGGAGAGUCCGAAAUUUUAUAGGGUUAUGCUGCAUGAUAAUCAGCAUAAGAACCCAAUUUAAGUCAUCCUUUGUAAUCGGAAACGCAUUCUGGAUUUUUGGCUAAGAUUUCAUGGGAUCGGUCACGCACUGUAGUAUAAUAUAGCGACGUGGGUAUGGGAAAUGUGUAUAAUAAAUGUUAAUGUACACGUAGAAUGAAAAACUGCAAAUAAAUGACCUGUCUGAAUGGAUAGGUGACCCUGACAUACUAGCUUAACAGCCGGUGGGGACGCAGCGCUGUGGGCAACUGCAGGGAAGGGCCGAGGGGGGAGCCGACGUUGAGUGAGGGAGAGGCGAGAGCGACGGUGCGUUGCGGGAGGGGGGUGUCGGCGGUAGCGAGAGGAAGGGACACCGGCCGUCUUCACCAGCACGCAGUUGCACCAUCUCCAUCCCAGGUCCGCUCCAAAAGUGCCACAGCACUCAAACAGCCCUGUCCAAGUAAAGGGACGCUACAGAAGUGCGUUCAAGAGGCCGCAUGGGCAGCUGCGACUGUGCGGCCGCAGGCAUGCCCGAGCUGUCGGUCGUGUGACUUCAGGUCAGCGCGUCUGGAACGGCUCACUGCAAAAGGGUGAAUGACCUUGAGGCAGCGAAUUUUCGAAGGCUCCUCAUGGCUUCUAUAGCACUCCCAUUCAGUUGGGCCCCGAGCAACAUUCGUGAAAAACACGUAAAUAUCUGUUGCGACGGGCUGUCUAGCGUUACCGGCCAUUGCAUCCGAUCUCAUCUCCGGUCUUCUUGACUUUUCCAUGACACCGGGUUUAUGUGUACAGUGAAUGAGAGGGUGCGAUAGAUGCUGCGUAAGUCUACUAUCACUAUAAACUAAUUCACAAGCAGCUCGCCGCACCUACACCCGCAAUGCGGUGGGGCACUUUGUGAACAUCAUCGUAAGCGACGGUUAAACUGUUCUGCCGAACAGCGGAAGCGAUUAAUUGUCGUCAACUAGCCGUUACCGACCCCCCAACUCUCCCCCCUUCACCCGAAAAACGCCGUUGUCAGCUUCUUCCUAAGUGAUCUAAUGAUUAGCUCACUUACGCUAUCCAUUUACAGCUGACCUGGAAUUCAAACGUAGUCCUUUUCCACAAGCUUCAGCCUCUUCUUCCACAGCUGUUCCCAAGUCUACAUCUAAUUAUUCUCUUUCGGGAUGGACCAGAAAUCACAAAACGCUGAGUGAAGACUUCCAGUGUGCUCAGGAUAAUAGCAAGUUACUUAGCGGGGGUUCUGAUACAGAUUAUCCGCUGUCCGUCGACUUUCGAUCAUGAAACCCUCAAGUUCCCCAACACGAUGCUACGUAAGAUGCCUUCACUGCAAUGCCAUCCCCGAACAAAUCACCGUGGCCCUUCCUGAGAAGUGGUCUACCCGUCCAGUUAGACGAACAAACGGUCACUUGUUAUCCAUUAUUAGUGCCUUGCCUGGUAUCAUUGGAAAUAUGAUGAUAACUGGCUGACGAGGAGUCAGUCGAUGUUAACUGAGUGCCCUUAAGCCCGCUUUGAAAGAGGUCAUCAUCAGAACGGAAAGAGUAAUCUCGGGCCGAUUCUUGAGCGGACCAUCGGGCAUAUACAAGAACUAGACAAACAAACCUCUAAGCUAUUAAAAUCAAUAAACCAUCUUCAAACUACGCCACUGCCAAUUGCUUUAUUGAUUCUGACGGAGGACACUAAACGCGGGAUGUGUUGGGUCCUUCAGUCUUGCUGCGCAGCUGUUCAUAGGCUGAGCCAAGUUCGAUGCGUCGGUUAGGAGAUUCCUAGCUGAAGAUCCUACCACAUGACUCCUCCGAUUGUGGAAAUUAGGGUAGAAUUGGAUGUCUGACAUUGCAUUUGACUGUUGGUAGCCGCGGAAGAUAACAGAUCUAUCUCAGACGCUGCUUCGCAUUCGCGUGGCUCGGUCCCAUCUGUUCACCCAGUAUGAUUCGCCGUUCUUUUUGUGUGCUAAUUUGCUACUUCUCUUAGAACUGAGGACGUGUGUUGCAUUUAUGUGUCAUAACCGUCAAGGUCUGCGGACAUCCCUUUCUUUACAAACAUAAUUCAGAGGAGCAGUCAGUUAUUAUCAGCUGCACCCCGUGUGCCAAAUGGCGUUUGAAAUAUGUGGGUCAAACAGAUAGAAAACUGGAAACAAAGAUGGGAGAACAUAAAACGGUUGUUGGAUGGAAAGAUCCGUUACCCCUUUUAUUCUCUUAACAUACGGUGUAAAUAAACUGCCUCACAUCGAGUUUACCCCGCCCGCAAUAACGGUGUGAUGGUUGCGCAAAUUUGGUUUUAUUUUCUUCUUAACUCUGCUUGAAAACUAUAGUCGCCUGUUUUUUGGCAAACAAACUGUUGGAAGCCUACGGAGGCCGGUUUGCCGCAUUUUUUCAAUAGCAAUGAAAUGUCGGAAAGGUAUGGUUAAUUUUUGUAAAAAAUACAGUUAUGUGCAAGAGAAGUCAAAGCACUGGAAAUUGUCCGCCGCACUUCCUACAGAUCCCAGUUCUGACCGAAAUUCGUUUAAGAUCAGGGAGAUUUCACAGCCAAAAAUCCGGUACUGCUAAUCGUCGUUGACUGUGUCAUUGGGUUUUUGACAUCAAAUGAAAAUCUGGUGUCAGCAUUUCUCGUGUUUUUUUGGUCACCUACCUGACAUAACCAGCGGAGGAAAUCCAAAUAUUACCACGGAUUAUCCUAAAUUGUAUAUCUUUUUUACUGACACACCUUUCCUAUUUCCACCGUCAGUUCCAUCGAUCUACAAACGUGGGAAGAUUUGGGAAGAGAGCUGGUAGCCAGGUGUCGCAAUGACAUGCUCAAAGGCAUUGCAAUGUAUGAGCGUCUUUAUGAUGAAAUGCACCAGGCAGCCAAUCGCCUGAACGACCAAUCAGAUUCUGUCGCGGAGAAAUUGCGUCGACGCAUUUUUGAACAGAAGACUGCCAUUCGAGAAUUGGAGUAUCAAAAGUCGGAGGUAUGGUGGUGAUUAAAAUCUCGCACCCCCACGAUCUUUUUAUGAUCGCGAUUGCUAAAUAAACCUGACAACAGUCCAAACGAUUCUUUUCACUGUUCAGUUGGAAAAAGAACGCGAACGGAUGCUGCACGACCUGAAGAGCUGGCAUGAGUCGAAAAACGCCAAGAUUGCUAGUCUCAAACUGUCGCAGACGAGAAUGGAGUCCAGACAUGAUCGUCCGGGCAUUGAGAACGACAGAGACGCACCUUACUAUGGUCUUCGGGAAGAGAGCAAAACUCUGAAUGACGUCAUAGACGGACUCGAUGAGCAAAUCGGCAAAGGAAGGCAGGUCACCAACUUCGUGUAUUGUUUUAAAAACAUCUACUAACUGUUUGAUAGUAACAUUUAUUUAUCAUUUCAGAGAACACUUAGCUUUCAUUGAGGACCGCAUCGCCUUGCUGUGCGAAGACAUCCAGAGUAAGAAGUCGGCGCUGUUUGUGGACGAAAACGUUGUUGGAAUUCGAAAACGUCUCGAGAAACCAAUGGAGAUCACUCAUCCUGCCUGCGAUAUGGUGCCCAGUGGCCUACUGCGGCAGCAAGUGAAGUUCUACUGA